AUGGGUGGUGAGGGUAGAGUUGAAAUUGUGAGUGGUAAAGGGUGCUCGAGGUUGUUUUCAUCUUCAUUUACUUCAGUCAGAGGUCUUCGACCAUUGGAUCAAAUGUCUCCUGUUUCGGCUUCUCCGCAACUGUCAUCAACUGCUCCUUUUGCUGGUCUUGUUAUAUGUGUUACUGGCUUAUCUAAAGAAGCAAGGAAUCAGGUCAUGGAGGCCACAGAGAGAUUAGGUGGCCAGUAUAGCCCCAAUCUGCAUCCGCAAUGUACUCAUUUGGUGCACAACUUUGGUGGAUGCAAAUUUGAGCAUGCACUGAAGCAUGGAGCAAAAAAUGAUCUCUUUGUUGUCACACUGGGUUGGUUUGUGGAUAGUGUCAAGAAAAAUGUAAGGUUGACCGAAUCACUUUAUAGUCUGAAGAGAUAUGGAGAUAAUAAUAUGUACUUGGAUGAUUUUAGACUGCUUCCAGGGUAUACAAAUACUGGAAAUUGUCUUCCUGCGAGAAUCCAUGAAACAACACAUUCUCGUCGUGCUGAAGAAUUUCUAAGAUUCUUUGGUAAAGAGUCUAACAGAAAUUUGGACUCAACUUUGUCUGGUUGCUCCAUCUAUGUUGAUCCAUACAUUUCAUCCGAAUUGCAGAGCAAGGUUGUCGAGUCUGCCUCAAGAGAAGGUGCUAGUUUGGUGGAACAAUGGUUUGUUGGUUGCAAUGUUAGUCAUGUAGUGACCGAAGGGACAUCCAUUCAAAGAUAUCUCGGAUACUCUAAUAACCUCAUUACACCACUGUGGAUUCUCAAAACAGCCAAGGAGAAACAAGUGCAGAGGCUUGUUAACAUGUCUGUUGAUUUGGCGAGACAAGUUGGCUUGAUGCUCGAAGACGUUCAUAAUGGCCUUUCAGGAAAGGAAGUAGUAAAGACAAAAGUCCAUAAUGAACUUCAAGGCGGUAAAAGUGAAAUUGGCUACGAAGAAAGACAACAAAUUGUAAAUUCGGCAAAAAAUGGUGUCAGAAGUCGCCGUGGUCGUCGAAUGCAGACAUGUCAGACGCCAAUCCGGCCGAUAACACCUAACAACCUUCUAGACUCUAUCUGCUGGUCAAUAUCAGAGGCGACUUCAACUGCUUCCAUUUACACAGACUCUUUCAGCGCUGAAGAUCCUAGUGAAAAUCAUACUUCAAUAUUUUUUGAUGCAAAAGGAGAUGCAAAGGAUUCAGAUACUUCAUUUUCGAACUCCACACGUCCUCUAACAGAAAGUGAGAAAUCUGAGUUGGUAUUUAAGAACCACUUUCUCACCAUACUCUUCCCAGUCGACCGGUUUUCCGAGAUCGGCCCUUCCUCAAGGACAUUUUUCAACAAUAACGGUUUUACAUGUCUUCAGGUGUUGGAUCAUAUACAUGCAUUUUAUCAGGAGAACAUGUCAAGCCAUGAAAUAGAAGUGGCUAUUCAUACUGAUUCAAGACACGCGGAUAAGCUUCGAUCAGUGUACUCGAGUAAGGAAACAGCGGAGCGUGGAUAUGCGAUGUUCAAACGAACAGAAUUUUUGGGGAGUCGUAUAAGUUUUGAAAUGUUGAAGCGCGUGAGUGGAGACAACAACUCCAAUGUGUAUGAGUUAUUACUUAGGGCGUAA